CCGUUGUCCCACGGAGGGCUUCCUGUUCUCUCUCCCUCUCUCUGAGUUGAGGGAAACGGCAAAAGCACACUUCAUCAUCGAAUGGGAGUAGUAGAAGGGCGGACCAACCCGCGUUCCGGCGAUUGAUCUCGAAUUUCUCCGACCGUUAUGGAGACCCAGUUCUCCGGCGGGGGCGCCGGAGGUUCCUUAUCUGGCGGAAAUUCCGGCAGGGAAACCCUCGAUCAGAUGGCGGACAACCCACGACGGGGCUCGCACCGCCGAGCCCACUCGGAAAUCGCCUUCCGACUGCCGGACGAUUUCCUAUUCGACGUUGACGCUGAAUUACCGUUCCUUGACGUCCCAUCGCUCUCUGAGGACAACAAUUCCGGAGACGGGUUGCAGUUUCUGGCGCUCAUGGACACCGAGAAGUCCCCGGAGCCCACGAGCGUAGUCAAGGAGGAGGUUGGAUCUGGUGGAGGAGGAGGUGCCACACACUUGAGAAGUUUGUCUAUGGACGCGGCAUUCCUGGACGGCCUGGGGUUCAAGGCAGGAGCAGCGGAGAACGGGGCCCCGACAGCGCCGAUGCCGGAAGCUGGGUGGAGACCGCAGCACCGGAGGGCCGGAUCGGUCGAUGGGUUUCCAGGGCCUUCAUCGUUUCCGGUUGCGGUGGAGUCGGUGGCGGACGUGAAGAAGGCGAUGCCUGCGGAUAAGCUCGCCGAGCUCUCUCUAAUCGAUCCAAGGAGGGCUAAAAGAAUUCUUGCCAACCGGCAAUCUGCCGCACGGUCAAAGGAGCGAAAGAUACGUUAUACAAGUGAGCUAGAAAGGAAGGUACAGACACUUCAGACAGAGGCAACUACAUUGUCAGCGCAGCUUACGCUGCUUCAGAGGGAUACUAAUGGGCUGACAGUUGAGAACAAGGAACUCAAACUACGUUUGCAAGCUAUGGAGCAACAAGCACAUCUUCGUGAUGCCCUGAACGAAGCAUUGAGGGAAGAAGUCCAACGACUAAAGAUUGCAACUGGACAAGUACCACCUAUGAAUGGAAACAGUUUCAGCAGGGGCAUGCCACAGGCGAAUGCGCCAUUCUUCCGUCAGAAUCUGCAACUGCAUCAUCUAGGUCGAGCCCAUGUUCAGCAUCCCCAUUUGUGUCCACCAAUGUCAAGCGGAGAGCCUCUUGCAGAUCAAUCUCAGCAGAAAUCCGUGGAUUUCACCGGAGGAUCUGGCAACAAUUAAGGCUACAAAUAGGAAUGGCUCAUAUCCACAUUGAAGAUGGAAGGGUUGGUUGAUGAACCAUGUUUCAGAGGUUAAGUGCAAAAUAGUUCUGAAGUAUCCAUGUUGUGUGUAUAUAUGCGAGACAGACUGUAAGUUCAUCAAUGAUAUCAAAGUUAACACUUAAAA